UUUCCUUUUUUUUUGUGGGGGUAGAUACAAAUAGUAACCAUUUGAACUGAUUCAAGAUUCAGUGGCGAAACAUUAAAUGAACAGCGAUCACCCUUUUGUGCUAGAAGUCUAGGCAAUAAAAUAUACAGUAUUUGGGAGUUUGUUUUUUUUGACAUCUUGAUCUUUCUUAACCCUUAGAUGCAUAUGUGGGUCAAAAAUGACCCGAUGAGGUGUUUUUCUUGAAAUAUCUUUGGACUGAAAAUUUAUUAUAAUUUCAUAUUCCAGGUAUUCCUCAAAAAACAUUUUUUUAUAUAAUGUCAUUCACAAUUUUAACUUACAUUUUAUACAUUUUAAGAAAUUUCAGUUUUUGUAUUGCUACCCAAAGUUUCCAUAAAUGGGUCAAAAGUGACCCGUGUACAUUUUCUAUGGAGUCCAAUGGGAACCACUGAUUCGAAUCGACUUUGGCUGUCAGCAAUACAUUGACUGCGGACUGGGCAGACUAUACUAUCAGAAAUGAACCCCUCAGGAAAAUUAUUUUACACUGUAAGAGCUGAUACGUCUAAGUAUUAUCUUCAUAAAAAAUUGUUUGUGUGUUGUUCAUGACUAUGAUUUAUCUACAAAUUGGCUUUCCGCCUGGAAACAGAUCAUUUGCUAUGUAUGGUACCUGUUCCUGGUCAACUGCAGACAGCAAUUCAUCCCCAGUGAUUGUGUCACUGUCGAUGAACAGCUUGUGCCAUUCAGGGGAAGGUGCAAGUUUCUACAGUACAUGCCAAGCAAGCUUGCCAAGUAUGGCCUAAAGAUCUUCUGGGUUUGUGAUGCACGCAUCCCCUAUGCAAUAAAUGGUAUAGUUUACACGGGGAGACAACCAGGGGAAGACGUUCAGAAGAAUCUGGGAGAAAAUAUUGUCCAGCAGCUGUGUGGUAGAUUUAGAAACACCGGUCGCAACAUCACCAUGGAUAACUUUUUCACCAGUGUGCCACUCGCGCAGCAUCUCCUGGAGAAGGAGCUCACUAUUGUGGGGACUCUAUGUCAGAACAAGCCAGACAUCCCUACUCUGAUGAAGCUUUCCAAGUCCAGGGAGGUUUACAGCACAGAGUUUGGAUUCAAUGAUAGCCUUACCAUGGUCAGCUAUGACAGAAAGAUAGGAAAAGCUGUUGUGCUCCUGAGCACGAUGCACCACGACAAAGCAGUGGAUGAACAUGGCAAAAAGAAAAAAACCCCAGAAGUGAUCAAAUUUUACAAUGAGACAAAUGGAGGUGUAGACACCAUUGACCAGAUGGUUGGUAACUACCCGUGCAAGCGACAAACACAGAGGUGGCCCAUGGUGCAAUGGUCCAACAUAAUUGAGAUCGGCACCCUAAAUGUCUACACCUUUUUCAUGGCUCAGCACCCAGAUUUCAAGAGUGGCAUCACCAAUGCACGACUGCUGUUCCUCAAAGAGCUGUCAAAGGAGCUUGUCACACCCUACAUGAGUCGACUGGAAAGCUGCACCCAACUGCAAAUCCCGAUUAUUGAAGCAAUGAAAAGGUGCGGGGUGACAAAAGCCACCACUAAGACACAGGAAAGAAAUACACAGGGCCAACCAAAGUGAAAAAGGUGUCAGAUCUGCCCAAGUAACAAAGAUCGCAAAGUCAGCAAUAGGUGUGGGAAAUGCAAUCUACCUGUGUGCAAUGAUCACUGCCAGAAAGGCAAAACAGGCAAUGCAUACAUACAUACAUACAGACAGACAGACAGACAGACAGACAGACAGACAGACAGACAGACAGACAGACAGACAGACAGACAGACAGACACACACACACACAAAAUGGAUGUUCACAUUUUUCUAUUGCUGUUCUGGGUAAUUUUUAUUUUUCAAAAAUGUUAAAAAAUUAAAAAUAAAGAUAUUUCAAACAUGAAAUCAUUCCUGUAUGGUCCUAAAUAUAUUACUAAAUUUUAUACAAGUGAUUAUUCUUAACCAAAAUGACAAAAAUGUCAUUAAAAAAGCAUUAAUUUUAUUAUGGGUCAUUUUUCACCCACCUAUGGAAGAGUGUAGGGGCCAGUCACUCAUGCAUCUAAGGGUUAAUGUAUGUGCAAUUUCGAGAAUAUGUUUCCAGUUUGUGUGUGCUGGUUUGGGGAAAUUUUGUUUUUUGGCUCACUAUAUGAGUAGGAUUGUUUUCUUCAUAAAAGGACUGAUUCUUCAAAAUCACACACUUGCCAGAGGAUCACCAGUCAGUGUGAACUGGAGAUUUAGUUUGUUCUUUUUUUUCCUCUCUCUCUUCACUUUAAUUCUGAAGAGCCUUUGCUACCAUGGAUUGUUUUGACAAGUGCAAUAUUGCAGUGGAUUAACAAGAAUAGGAUUCAAUACCAUGUGGCUUCAUAAUCUGAAAUAUGUCAAGGAACUUUAAUAUUGUUUUUAUAAGUAGUGUUCCACAUUUUUAUAAGGGAGGUUUGUUUGUCAGAGAGAAACUAGGGAAUUAUAUAUAUUAGA